GAAACAUUCCUUUUUCAGCAAUAGUUCUGGAGAGUGGUGUAAUUUUAAUGCUAUUGCAUAGUAUCAGGGGUCGCAUUCCCCCUAAAAUUCAUAAAAUUCCUAAAACUUUGUACAAACCCUAAAAUUCCAAAAAAUCUGCUAAAAUUUUGUUGGCGUUCCUAAAAAAUUUGAGUUAUAGGAAUAAAUCACAGAGAAAACGAAAAUGCCGCGCCUCUUUCUUUUUGUACCGAAUUUGUUUACGUCAUCGCUUCUCUGCAAGGAGAGGAGGGUGAGAGGAGACGCGGGACGGCGGUUGGGGAAGAAAGACGACGACCUUCGGUGUGACGACAUUCAGGCGAGUGAUUGGUUUUUUUUAUCACGUGGUUAUUUUCACUCCUAAGACGUCACGGGCCUCUCCUCUCCCCCCUCUCCACCUGUCUCUCUUUUUGUUCAGCGUGGUUCUGAAAUCUUUCGCCAUCUUGGUUGAUUUGUUAUUUAUAAAUUGAUGCUAUGGGAAAAGGACGAACAAAAUUCCAGACGGAUUGGUUUGAAAAAGAACUAGAUGGUGUUUUGCUUAAAGAAUGGUUGGAAUCUGUGACUGGAAAUGACUAUUCCGCGAAAUGUAGUUUAUGCUGUGAAACAUUCGAAGUAUCUGGAAGUGGAUUCGCACAAGUACGAUCGCAUCAUAAAGGGAAAAAACAUCAUCGGAAAUUUGAUGAAAGAUUUAAAGGAAAUGGUCAAUCAACAAUAUUCAAUUGGGUGCAAAAUAAAAGCAGUGAUACAGCUGUUCUUAGCCAGCAAAGUCAAAUUUUGAAAGCUGAAACUUUAUGGUGUUUACAUGUGGCUAAAAAAAAUAUUUCUUUUAAAUCUUGUACGGAUACAGUGGAUUUAUUUAAGGUAAUGUUUCCAGAUUCUCCCAUAGCGUCGGCAAUGCAACUUAAAGAGAAAAAAACUGCCUAUGUUUUAAACCAUGGUGUAUCUAAAUAUUUUGAAGAUCUUUUAAUGAAGGAUAUUGACAGUGCAACAAAAAUAACAUUAGCAUUUGAUGAGAGUACAAAUGUACAGAACAAGCGGCAACUAGAUGUAUAUGCCAGAUAUUGGUCUGCCGACUUUAAUUUGGUAGUAUGUCGAUAUUUAAAAAGUGUAUUUUUAGGCCAUGCUACGGCAGGUAUUAUUUUACAUGAAGUUUUGGAUGUUUUGUCUACUUAUAAGAUUCCAUUGAAUAAAGUAAUAUGUCUUUCAAUGGACAAUCCUAAUGUCAACAAAAGUGUCAUGAGGAAAUUUUCGGAUCAAAUUGGUUCGAAUACGUUAUUGCCAAUUGGCACCUGCAAUUUGCAUGUGGCAAAUAAUGGUUUUAAAGUUUUUCUGAAUUCUUUAGAUGUCAACUUUGAUGAGUUCGCCAAUGAUAUAUAUUUUUUUCUUAAGAACAGUGCUGUACGCAGGGAGGACUUUAAUCACAUGGAAGAAAUAACGGAAGGGACGGCUCAGUUUUUAUUGAGACAUGUAAACAGUAGAUGGCUUACAGCCGGCCCUGUAGCUCAGAGGCUAGUUGAGCAAUGGGCAAAUAUCUCUGAAUAUUUUUUGUGUUUUUUACCUAAGCAAAAAUUGCUCACUAAGCAACUAAGUUCUUCGAGCAAAUAUAAACGUAUUUGUGAUAAUUUAAAAGAGCCAUCAAUCUUGUGCUUUCUAGCUUUUAUUGCUUAUACCCAUAAGCACUUUGAAACCUUUUCGUUGUGUUUUCAAAGCGAAUCCCCAAAAAUACACUUGCUGUUUAGUGAAAUGAAUAAGCUAAUCAGACAAGUUAUGAUGCUGUUCAUUAAAGAUGAUAUUGUUGCAGCUAAGGAAGGCACAGAUUUAAGGGACAUUGAACUUGAAAAUGGUAAAAAUUGGAAGAAAUCGUCUUCGAUCGAGAUAGGCAUACGUCUCAUAAAAGAAGGAACAGAAAGAUUGAAGAAAGCUGCAGGAAUGCAAAACAUUGUGGAGAUGACUGUUGCACAAAACUUGAUAUCUGAAGGAACUGAUCAGCUAACAAAAUUAGAGUCGGAGUUGACUGUUUUUGAAACUGGAAGAGACCAACUUUUGUCAAAGAGACUCAAAAUUAAAUGA